AUGUCACUAACCACGAGGAUGAAUGGCUACUUCCGUGAGCAGAGCCAGCGCGCUCGAGGACUUCAUGUUCUUAAGCCCUCUAUUACUCUUCCACGUGGCGUCUUAGAUGGGCCUAGACGAAUAAUUGACCCAGAUUCCGGUCUGGUAUCUCAGGAAACAACUUCACGCGAACUCCAAGUCUCGGAUUAUCAUUGGGAUUCUCAAUUUGAGGAACUUCUAGAAGCAAAUUGGGAAGAAUCUGAUGACGAUCAAGAGUUUACUGCUGGAGAAGCAAUCACUGCACAAUUUAAAUGUAGGAAACCUCGUGUACCACGUUUAAUGCAACUUUCGGUCGAUUCUAUUGUAAAGAACGUUAGCAGUAUUACCUAUGAAACCAUCAAAAACAUGCCUUCAACGCAGCUCGAGUUCCUUUGGCGGGAACUUUCAAAGAGAUGUGUCUACAGUUUUAAUACUUGGAAGGCCUUUUCAAAAGCUCUCGAUCGACAAGAAGGUGCCAUUUUAAACCAAUUUCGAUACAGUGGUUCUGUCGCAGAGCCAGUACCGUCCUUGUCUGUCUACACGAAACCACUCAAAUCAACUACUUUCGACUUUCUUGCACACUUAUCUAUUACCACUGCAUUCGGUACUUCGAAUAUGGUCGAGUUAUCUACACUCGUUAAUUUAGUAGCUCUCGAGAUUUCGAAUCCAAAGCAAGAUAAUCGUGGAAGAACUGCCGGUAAGCAGUUCGAUGCGAGCUUCGGAGAUAGAGUAAUCAAAACCUGGAGCGAAGUCGCAGCGAAGGGAAAGGGAUUCAAAGUCUUGAGAAUUCUAAAGCUUCGAAAUUUCCUGGAGAUCACGAACAAUUGCUUCCAAUACCUAAACGACUUUCCUGCUUUAGCUGUUUUCGAUGUUAUGGACUGUGAUUUCAAUGGAUUGGCUCAACUCAGCGCUGAGAAACUUGGCUGGGAAAUACAUCCUGAUGGAGCGUUACUCGAAAUCUUGCAGUCAGAUUGUGUAAAGCAUAUUAUGGCUAUGCGCGCAAGUCUUGGACUUCUUGCUAGACCAAUCCGUAGAUCCACUGCUAAACCUCUGUGGGACAAAGCCAAAAUCACAAUGAUACCUCGAUCAGAUGUACCAACCUUACUUACUGGAGGAUCUCAGUCCGCAGCACGAAAUAGCGCGUACCUUCACGCCGAAGAGCAAGUAAGAGCGAUGGAAAGAACCCCUGCUGGCCGCGCCAAACUCAAGAGAACCGGUCUCUCUCACUUUGAAGCUGUGGAUUAUAUCAGUCGCAAAGAAUAUCGCGAGCUUGAAACUUGGGAAUUCCGUACCCUUACCUCUCUCAAUCGAAUUAGCGAGCUUCGCAACGACGAAGAUUUGCGUGCCGCUGGCCUAAAGGUCGGCGAGUUUGUUCCUAUGGUCUCCGGUGAAUUCAUAUCUUCUAUUCCAAUUGCCUCUCUUCGUCUCGGUCCAGAAUUAUUUUGUACACCAUCGCGGGCGGAUUUGCAUCAGCCAUUCUACGAUGGCGGAAUAAGUGAUAGAUCGCUGAAGUAUACUAGCAAAAACCUUGGAGUUGGCGCAAAAGGUUACGUCUAUACUCGUAUCACGAUACCUAUCGCUAGAGCUAGAUCCCGACAGCAGCUCAAUGAAACAAUAGGUACCGAAGCUAGUGGCUCAGGAUCUCGACCAAGCAAGCGUAGGAAAGUUAGAGGGGAUAAGAGACAACAAAUAGGCGAUCUCUUGGCGGGGGUGAUGGGAGUUAUAUAA